UACAAUUACAAUCGUGUAAGACGAGUCAAUAUAUCUUGGGUGGACAGAGCGAAGUUCAGGAGCAAAUAAGGGGCCAUCUCAGCAUUUUCUCAAGGAACCAGGGAAACUGAACAAAACUUGAUUGAGAUGGGGUUUGGGAUUUUGAGAUGUGGUUUACCAGCGAAGACAAUUUGGGCGAGAUAUCUACCUACGUGGAAAAGGUACUCCGCACCAAGAUGCUAGAGGAAAUUCCAGGCAAACAACAACUUGAAUUGGUAAAAAGAAGAGGCAAUGCGAAGAGGUCCCAGGUAAUUGCCCAGGCACUUUUUAACAUUCUUGGAGAGAGGACAUACAACUGAUAUUAUAUUAGCACAGCUAUCAUGAAUAUUAAGUUUACCAUCCUCGUUCUCUACAAUCCAACUAAAGAAAAAGGAAAAAUAUUGUGUUUACAAUUAUACUCAACUAUAUUGGAUACCUGAAGAUCUAGUUUCUGUAAGAGUAAUAAUGGGAUAAUACAUAAACCUUUAUACAUUCUCACCAUUUGUUUGUAAAAACCAAAUUUAUUUAAUCAAUUUGAGAGUACAACUUGUACUGCUAUAACAAACUCCACAUUCAGAAUCCUCAAAGUUGAUAGUUCAUACAUUCAAUUCAAAUGGUUAUCCAAACCCCAUACAAAUUGGCAGAAAAAACUCUGAUCAACUACUAAACAUUGUACAUGUUUACAAUACUGUCCUACAUUUUCAUUGCACUCCAACUGAUCAUAAUUCAAGAAUUAUAAUUCAAAAUGUUGCUUUGUACUCUUUACUGGAGUUCACAAUCCAUCUCCUAGUUGGAGGUCCACUUCAGUUUAAAAAUGUUAACUCUAUUGUCUAGCUGGAGAAUUUACGAUUCCCAGCAAUGUGCAAUCUGCCUCCAGCAGAGUUAAGUCCUUCGUUGCCCCGAGAAAUCUUGAAGACAACUCCAAGUCAUUCACAUGAAGUUUGACCGUGGCACCACGAACAUACUCCGUACCUCUUUUUGCCGGUCGGGGACACACACAGUGGAACUUCCAUCCGAAGUCUAUGUAAAGAUCGUCAUUAACUAUGUGGUAUAUUGUUCCCUCGACAAUUUUAUUCUUAGGAUCGCCUAAAUCAAUAAAUUUAGAAUUUCUUAACAAUGAAGCAAAAGUCUUAGUUUGGGGUGUAUCAGUGCUUUCUGAAUAUUUCAGCAAAGAUUUGGCGAAACCACUUAAUUUUUCUUCUGAGUCUGCCUUUUUGCUAUCCGAAUCUGUAGAAAGAUGAUGUUUUAAGAGCACACAGUCAUAGCAAUAUAUGGAUGCUGGAGUAAAAUUGCGUAAACGCGUGAAUAUAAUGUUCUUCAAUGACAUCUUCAGUAACAAUCUCAUGCCUAAACACACCAAAACACCUGCGUCGCUGCUACAAGUUUAAUGAUCUAAUGGUUAGAUUUUUGCAUUUACAGAAACGUUUACUGAAUUCCACGAAGCUCUAACCUCACAGCGUGCCUACGCCUAAAGCCUGGCAUAGACAUGUAUACUCUUUGGGCAGAGGUGAAUGGCAAUUUUUUGUUUCCAGUGUCGCCAACAGUAGUUGAGCUUGCUUGGAUUUGUGUUAAUCUUGUUUCGCCAUCAUUUAGAACCUGUUUUUUGUAUUUUCGAACACUGUAUUUUCUUUGAAUACCGAUUGUGAGUGAGCAGGAAUCUAGCGUUUUAGAAGUUCGAAACAACUGUGUCAUCUUCUUGAAAGGACGGAAAAGAUUUGUGAUCCAGUUAUUGUGUAGUGUAUCAGAACUUAACAAUGGCGUGUGGAACACCGCAUGAUAUGUUUUCUGCAAAUCCAUUGUGGCAUAAUGGACCAAUACCCGGAGGAUUUUAUAAUUUUCCUGGUUCUAAAACGGCUCCACUCUAUUCUGGAGCCCAAAGAUUCCAUACACCUGUGACAACUGGUACUUCUGUAUUAGCUAUUAAAUGUGAUGGAGGUGUUGUGAUAGCUGCAGAUAUCUUGGGAUCUUAUGGGUCCUUGGCACGCUUUAGAGACUUACACCGUGUGCACAAGAUAAAUGAGAAUACUGUUCUUGGUGUCAGUGGUGACUAUGCAGAUUUUCAGCAUUUACAACAGAUAAUUGAACAGAAAGUGAUAUCCGAGCAGUGUCUAGAUGAUGGGUUUGCUUUAAAGCCUCGCUCUUUGUUAUGCUGGUUGACCAGACAUCUGUAUUAUCGACGCUCUCGUUAUGACCCUCUGUGGACAAACUUUAUAGUGGGAGGAAUUCAAGAUGGACAGCCGUUUCUGGGAACUGUGGAUAAACUGGGGACAGCUUAUGAAGAUGAUCAUAUUGCUACUGGAUAUGGUGCUUAUAUUGCUCUACCAGUGAUGCGUGAUGAAUUAGCGAAAGCAAAACAGUCCGGUCAACCUAUUUCCAAGGAAGAUGCCUGUAAAGUACUGGAGCGCUGCAUGACUGUCUUGUUCUUUAGGGAUGCCCGCUCUUUCCCCAAGUAUGAAAUGAUCACUCUAACUGAAGAGGGUUAUGAACACCAUGGUACUAAGACAGUUAAAGCUAAUUGGGAAAUAGCUCACAUGGUCAAAGGUUAUUAAUGAACAAUGGAAGAAAAAAUCGAUGAAGUUACUUCUCAUAAUGUUUUGUACGAAUGUAAUUGUAUGAAUAAUUCAAAACAUAAAUUAAUUGUUAAAAAAAUUCGUGUUUUUGGUUUACCCCUUGAGAGUGAUCUUUUAUAGUUUGUAGCAUGAAAUUGCAAGCUUCAAGGUCAUGCCAAUGCCAUUUCAUGUGACACCUUUCCCAAUUUUGCCAGCGGAGAGGAUAAUGCUCACAUGGACCUUCGCCUGUCAUCAGGAGUGAUCGCUGUGCUGUAGCGCCCUUCCAUGGCAAUGCCGUUUUAGGCAGCCAGAUGCAGAGUAAAUUACCUUGGAUUGCAUUUUCAUGACUUAAACUACGUAAACAUUUUACAUUAUGACCUUUCUCUUAACCCACCUUUAUUUUCCCUUUGCAUUGCCAUCUUAUUUAUUUCUUUCAUUCAUGGAGAAUUCCCUCAAUUUCAGUUCAACAAAAUAAUUGGCAAAGAGUAUCAAUUCAAUCCAAUCAAAUGUGUAGAUAAGAAAAAAGACAACAAAGAAUGUAUGUAUAAAUUAAUGAAAAAUUAGUAAAGUAUUAAAAAUUAACUAAUAUAAAGUUGUAUUCACAACUAGUUAAUGAGUAAAAGCAAAUUGUAAAAGACAAAUAUGUAUAGGUGAAUUACAAUAAAUUUAGCAGUGUCACUGUCAAUGUCAAUAUCAUUCCUCAAAUUGUUUACCUCGCAUUUGAAUCUCUUCAAGACAUUAUAGAAAAGAUAUCAGUUCUGCUGCAUGAUAGGAAAAAUGGGUCUCAGUUUUGUCAUUGCUAUGCAGAGCAUAAAAACACAUAUUGGACAAAAUAUUAGAAUGUGAUAAAGGCAUGG